GGCCCGGCCGCGGAGGAGGAGGAGGAGGAGGCGGAGAGGUCCGGCGCGGCAGGAGGCGGGUUUCCCCGCCGCACCUGGGUGCAGUGCCGAGCACCGAAGCACAGCACCGAGCACCGAUAGCCGGCCAGCGCGGAGCAUGGCGCGGGAGCUGAGCCAGGAGGCUGUGCUGGACUUCCUCUGGGCGGCCGGGGGACGAGCCCCCAACACGGCGCUGCUCCGCCACUUCCAGCGGUUCCUCCGCGACCCGGCGCUCACGGAGCAGCAGCGGCGGGAACGCCGCGAGUACUUCAAGAGCCUCGUCAACUCCUUGGCCACCGUCCACCCCGCCGCCGCCCCCGGCGCCUCCAAGGACAUCGUCCUCCGCCGCAGGUACCGCGACCUCCUCGAUGAGGAGCUGCCGCCGCCGGAGGAACAGCGGGAGCAGGAGGAGGAAAAGAAGGAGCCGCCGCCCCGACGCGACCCCGACGGGCGGCGCGUUCCCCGCGGGGAGGCGGCGGGGCAGGGGCGGCCCGGCGGGGCGGGGGGCUGCUCCGCCCGGGGCCGCGGCGGGCCGUGCUGCGAGUGUCGCCGGGCGCGCCGCGCUGCCGCCGCCGUCCCCGCGCCGGGCCCCGGCCCCCGGCCGCCCCGCUGCCGCUCCCCGCCGCCCCCUCGGCAGCCGCCCCCGUAUCGGACCCAGCCGCUGUCCUCGGGCCCCUGGGCGCUUCGCCCCGGCGGCACGGCGCACCCCCGGCCCCCGGCGCUGCCGUCGGCUCCUGGGGGGCUGUCCCCCGUCGUGCCGCCCCGGUGCCUGUCACCGCCGCCGCCCGCCGCCGGGCUGCCCUCUGUCACGGCGCCCCGGUCCCGGACGCCACCGCUGCCGCCGGGCCCGGAGAUGCCGCCUCCCUACAGGUUGCCUCAGCCCCGAUCUCCGCCGCAGCCCGCGACCGGGAUGCCCUUGCAGGAGGCCCCACGGCCCUCAGCAAGCCCGGGGAGACGACCCCCCGCCGGAGCUAUCCAGUCCCCGCUGCUGUCAUCGGGCCCCAGGGCGCUGUCCCCCCCCGAGCUACCCCCAUCCCGGUCUCUGCCUUUGCCGUCCCGCACCGAGCUACCCCCAUCCCGAUCCUUGCCGCUGCGGUCCUCCCCCGAGCUGCCCCCAUCCCGGUCUCUGCCGCUUCUGUCCCCCCCCGAGCUGCCCCCAUCCCGAUCCUUGCCGCUGCUGUCCACCCCCGACCUGCCCCCAUCCCGAUCCUUGCCGCUGCUGUCCACCCCCGAGCUGCCCCCAUCCCGAUCCUUGACGCUGCUGUCCCCCCCCGAGCUGCCCCCAUCCCGAUCCUUGCCGCUGCUGUCCGCCCCGGAGGUGCUGCCCCAGUCCCGAUCCCUGCAGGCACUCCCUGCCAGCCCCUCCUCAUCGCCACGGCUGUUGCCAGGCCCCGAGGCGCUCGCUUCCAGCAGGCUGCCCCCAUCGCAGUCCAGGUCCCUGCAGCAGCUCCCCACCAGGCCAUCCCCAGACUUGCCCAGGGGAUCCAGGGGGCUGACCCUCAAGGGACAAACCCAACCUCAAGUCCUGCGGCUGCACCCGUGUCAAAGCCUGACACUGCCGUCAGAUCCCGGGAUCCUGCCCCUCACCAAGUCCCCCCUACCCCAAUCCCUGCCACAGUCCGCCACUCUCCCAUCCCCACCCCGCUCCCUGCAGCCUCCCCUUGCCAGGUCACCCCCAUCCCAGUCCUUGCUGCCGGCGCAGGGCCCCGCAGUGCCCCAAGCCCCAGAGAGCCAGCCCCCAGCACCGCUGCCUGUUUUCCGGAGCAUCAGGUGCCAGCUGGCUUUGUCGGAGGGGCAGGGCACCCCCCCAUCACUGCACGAUGACGGUGGGCGGCAGCUCCGCUCCAAGAGCUCCCCCAGGAACGCCGCAAGCCGGGGGCCCUUGGUGCCGCUGGGACAGCGGGAGCACGCCUGGCUGGUGGCGAUGUCAACGGGCCGCUGGGCUCAGGUGCGGGGGCUCUUUCUGGAAGAGCCUGAGCUGGCCCUGCAGAGGGACUUCAUAUCAGGCUUCACGGUCCUUCACUGGCUGGCCAAGCACGGCGACGGGCCGGGCCUGCAGGAGCUGGCAGCGGCGGCGCGGCAGGUCGGGCUGGCCCUGGACGUGGACGCCCGCUCGGGCUGCGGGUACACGCCGCUGCACCUGGCUGCCAUACACGGCCACCAGCUUGUCAUCAAGGUGCUGGUGCUGCAGCUGGGCUGCCAGGUGCAGGUGCGGGACGGCAGCGGGCGCCGGCCGUGGGAAUACCUGGGCAGCUCCACCUCGGGGGAGAUCUGGCAGCUGCUGGAGGCACCCCGCGGCACCAUCAUGUUCCCCACGCAGCCCCUGGCCCGCAGCGUGUCCUCUGUCAGCAAGGUCUCGCCGUCCAGCGGCAGGGCAGCACUGCCUGCCUGCCUCAGGGUACAGCUGGGCCGCGGGACGGUGUCCCACCAGUCCGGCAGUGACAGUGACUGACGCAGCUCCCCGGCAUCCCCUGCCAGCGGAGAUGGGACCUCGCUGGCCACCCUGCGAGAGGAAGCCACGCAGGCAGAGCAAAAGCUGUGAAACAGACUGAACCUAUUGAAGAAUGUACUUUUAAAUUAUUGCAAUGAACUCUUGUCCGAGCCUCUCUGCCCUCCCUCCCAUUUCUUGCCUUUCUACCAGUGCAAGGAUGCAGUAACUCUGCUGGAAGCAGGAAGAACGCUCGGGAGGCAAGUCCUCUGCAGCCCACAGGGCCAGUACCAGCUGCUGGGCGCUGCCACGAUCACCAGCAUUAGUGGGACCAUGGCUUUGGGGUAAGGCUCAAGUCUGGCCCCAGUCAGGGUAGAGCACUUGAUUUUGCUGACAGCGACAGAUUGUUGUUGGUCCUGGGGUUUGCAAAACACUUGUUUACACCACCUAAAUUCUGGGGAGCAGUAAAACUACAUCCCUUUUUAAUCCCAGCAGAUUAAGGAUGAGUCCCUCUUUUAAAAAUGCAGCUGAUCAAGAUCCAGCCUCCCGGCGAGAGUCCUCAGAGAGCGCCUGGCUGUGGCAGAGGGCGGCAGCGGGAGAGCCCCGGUAGGGAAGGGCGUUUCCCAGGCCACCUUGCCCACCAGCCCAUGCUGAAAGGAAUGCAGGGCAGCACCACAGCCCUGCUCCCCAGCAGUAUCCCUGCUGCUCCCUCAUUCCUGCACCUCCAGUUGCUCUCCUCACACCACAGGAUUAGGAAGUGGUACCCGUGUUGUGGCUAGGUUCCCACGCCUCGGGAAGGAAAGCAUUGCGGUAGGAUUCUGUGUCGGGCAGAAAUGGAGCUGUGCUGUAGUACGGGUCCCAGCCUUGCAGAGGGAAGGCAGUUUCACAACCAGAGCUGCCUUUUCCCAGAGACACCAGCCCUAGAUUGCCUGUUAGGUGUUUGUGUGAUGGGGACAGCUGGGACUGGGGGCCAAGUGCAGUCAAGAGAUGUCCAGUGGAGUAAUUCCUCAUAGUUUUUAUAAAACAAACUGCCCUUACGAAUCUCGCUGGGCUGUGUGGGUCCUAUAAUGUAUUCUGCUCUGUGAUUUAGCACAAAUGAGCUCCUAAAGUGCCAAAAAUUGCAACAAGUUCAUCUGGCACCUAAUCCAUCUCUCCUAUAGAUCCUCGAUGGAGGAAGGAAGAGAGAGAAGAUACAUGAGACAGGGAUCCAGUGCUGCCAGGCUGCUGCUGCUGGGUGACCCCAGGUAUAGGACCAGUGAAACUGGGACUGCUGUCUCAGCCUCAGUGGGAGGCUUUGGGGCAGACCAGAGCCGUAGGUGGGACCGCUCACCCAUUUGAGGCACACAUUCCAUGUGUGUGAAGGCCUGCAGUUUCAGGGAGGAACAGGAAUGAGGGCAGCAGAACCUGACCCUUGCAUAACACGCGCGCCAGGGAAUGCCUCGAGUCCUUGCUCAAGCACUAAUUGAGGUCUCCGCUUUGCUUGGGGUUUAUUUGAGGGAGGAACACUUUCCUGCAGAGGGGAAGCUGUUCUGCCUGACUCUCGGGCCACCAAAAGUUGCAGCCUUCUCCCAGCCUGUUUUUCUCCUUUUACAGAGGAAAGAGUUCAGUAAACCAAAGCAGUGUCCUCUCAGUGAUCAUUCCCCUAUGAGAACAACACCACAAACCUGAAUUCAUAAGAAAUUCAGCUGUGAAGUGGCCUCUGAGCUACCAGUAUGAGAACAUGGAGGGCCCUCCAGGACCCUCCCCACAGCAGGAGGAAUCCUGUGUAUCCCCUU